UGUGCGGGAGACAGCGCGCGCCGUCUCGUGAUCUCCUUCAGCCGCGGGUUGUUCCUCCUGGUCGGACUCUCCUCACCACGCAGCGCGCGCACAGGUGAGGGGAAAGUGUAAGGGGGAGGGGUGAGUGGGUGAGGAGGAGCCUGACUCACUCACGCACGCGCUCUCUGUCCCUCACGCAGACACGCGCGCGGCGCGGCGGUGAGCAGAGCGCAGUAAUUUGGUGCCGCCGGUGCGGAGCAGUUUCAUCCCGCGUUUCUGCGGUGCGUGGAAGCUGAACCGCGCGUGAUAUCUGCUCUUCAUCCUCCUCCUCUCCCUCGCGCUCAUCAUCUGGCUCGUGCCGGACCAUGGCAUCGGUGCGGGACGCGGGCUGGGUGGGUUUUUCACGCCGCCUCAAACGGAAUGUUCGCGGCUGCUGCGGGAGUUAAAGGAGUGGAUCCUGUCUUUGUUCCUGGAAUCCUGGAAGGGUCCUGGAAUGAUGGUGAGGAUGAUGCUGGAGCAACAAGCGUGCGGCGGCUCCGCGCACACUUUGCGGUGAUAUUGCGCUGCUGAACGCGGACUGUUGCGCCAGUUUGCGGGAUUCUGCGCUCAGACUUCCCCAACAGGAAUGAACUUGUCUGUGGGAAUUCUCUCUCUCUCCUGAGAAGCGGCUCUUCUUUGCGUGGCUGUGCGUUUUCCCGGUCGGGGCGCUGAGGUUGGUGCGCAGGGGCGGAGGGAGCGGAUCCAGGGCCAUGGGCCGCCAGGCCAGCCGGCCCCCCCGGCUGCUCCGGAUGCUGUGGCUGCUGCCGGCUCUGCUGGACGCGGCCGGGUCCCAGGAGAUCUACGCGCCGCACUCCAUCCGGGUGGAGGGCGACGUGACGCUGGGGGGGCUGUUCCCGGUGCACGGCCGCGGCGCCCCGGGCGCGCCCUGCGGCGACAUCAAGAAGGAGAACGGCAUCCACCGGCUGGAGGCCAUGAUGUACGCGCUGGACCAGAUCAACGGAGACGAGGAGCUGCUGCCCAACGUGACGCUGGGCGCGCGCGUGCUGGACACCUGCUCCCGGGACACCUACGCCCUGGAGCAGUCGCUCACCUUCGUGCAGGCGCUGAUCCAGAAGGACACGUCCGAUGUGCGCUGCACCAACGGCGAGCCGCCCGUGUUCGUGAAGCCGGAGAAAGUGGUGGGAGUGAUCGGCGCGUCGGCCAGCUCCGUGUCCAUCAUGGUGGCCAACAUCCUGCGCCUGUUCCAGAUCCCUCAGAUCAGCUACGCAUCCACGGCCCCGGAGCUGAGCGACGACCGCCGCUACGACUUCUUCUCGCGCGUGGUUCCUCCAGACAGCUUCCAGGCGCAGGCCAUGGUGGACAUCGUUAAGGCCAUGGGCUGGAACUACGUCUCCACGGUGGCGUCGGAGGGCAGCUACGGCGAGAAGGGGGUGGAGGCCUUCAUGCAGCUCUCCAGAGAGGCAGGUGGAAUCUGCAUCGCUCAGUCCCUGAAGAUUCCCCACGAACACAAACCGUCGGACUUUGACAAAAUCAUCCGGCAGCUGCUGGACACCCGCUACGCCAGAACCGUGGUUCUGUUCGCCUCCGACGAGGACAUCAGGGGAAUCCUGAACGCCUCGAAGCGGGCCGAUCAGGUCGGACACUUCCUGUGGAUCGGCUCCGACAGCUGGGGGUCCAAGAACAGCCCCAUCCACCAGCUGGAGGACGCCGCCGUGGGCGCCAUCACCAUCCUGCCCAAGAGGGCCACCAUCAGCGGCUUCGACGCCUACUUCAUGUCGCGGACCCUGGAGAACAACCGGAGGAACGUCUGGUUCGCCGAGUACUGGGAGGAGAACUUCAACUGCAAGCUGAUGAGCUCCUCCAAGAAGGACGACAGCAGCAGGAAGUGCACAGGUCAGGAGCGGAUCGGCGUCGACUCCAAGUACGAGCAGGAGGGCAAGGUGCAGUUUGUGAUCGACGCCGUGUACGCCAUGGCGCACGCGCUGCACAACAUGCAGCGGGACCUGUGUCCCGACGUGUCGGGCAUCUGCCUGGAGAUGGAGCUGGCCGGCGGGAAGAAACUGCUCAAGUACAUCCGCAGCGUCAGCUUCAACGGAAGUGCUGGCACUUCGGUGACGUUCAACAGAAAUGGCGACGCUCCGGGUCGCUACGACCUGUUCCAGUACCAGCGGAGCAACGGAACCGGGUCGGGAUACAGAGCGGUGGGACAGUGGACCGAGACGCUGCAGCUCAACAUGGAGGACCUGCGGUGGCCCCGGGGCGAGCAGGACGUCCCCAUCUCAGUGUGCAGCCUGCCCUGCAGGGCCGGGGAGAGGAAGAAGGUGGUGAAGGGCAUGCCGUGCUGCUGGCACUGCGAACCCUGCGACGGAUACCAGUUCCAGGCCGACGAGUUCAGCUGCAAGCUCUGCGCCUACAACAUGCGGCCCGGUGCCAACCGGACCUCCUGCCGGCCCAUACCCAUCAUCAAGCUGGAGUGGCACUCGCCCUGGGCGGUCAUCCCCGUGUUGCUGGCCAUGCUGGGCAUCAUCGCCACCAUCUUCGUCAUGGCGACCUUCGUGCGCUACAACGACACGCCGAUCGUCCGGGCGUCGGGCCGGGAGCUGAGCUACGUCCUCCUGACCGGAAUAUUCCUGUGCUACAUCAUCACCUUCCUGAUGAUCGCCAAGCCGGACGUGGGCGUGUGCUCGUUCCGGCGGGUCUUCCUAGGUCUGGGGAUGUGCAUCAGCUACGCCGCGCUGCUCACCAAGACCAACCGCAUCUACCGCAUCUUCGAGCAGGGCAAGAAGUCUGUGACGACGCCGCGGCUGAUCAGCCCCACCUCCCAGCUGGCCAUCACCUUCAGCCUCAUCUCCGUGCAGCUGCUGGGGGUUCUGGUCUGGUUCGGGGUGGACCCACCCAACACCGUGGUGGACUUCGAUGAGCAGAGGACCAUCGACCCCGAGCUGGCGCGGGGCGUGUUGAAAUGUGACAUCACGGAUCUGCAGAUCAUCUGCUCGUUGGGAUACAGCAUCUUGCUGAUGGUGACGUGUACUGUUUACGCCAUCAAGACCCGGGGCGUCCCGGAGAACUUUAACGAGGCCAAGCCCAUCGGCUUCACCAUGUACACCACCUGCAUCGUGUGGCUGGCCUUCAUCCCCAUCUUCUUCGGCACGGCUCAGUCUGCAGAGAAGCUCUACAUCCAGACCUCCACCCUCACCGUCUCCAUGAACCUGAGCGCCUCCGUCGCCCUCGGCCUGCUCUACGUGCCCAAGGUCUACGUCAUCAUCUUCCACCCGGAGCUCAACGUCCAGAAGAGGAAGCGCUCCUUCAAGGCCGUGGUCACCGCCGCCACCAUGUCGUCCCGGCUGUCCCACAAGGCCGCCGACCGGCCCAACGGCGAGGCCAAGACGGAGCUGUGCGAGAACCUGGAGCCCAACAGUCCAGCAGCGAAGACCAAGUACGUGAGCUACAACGACGUUGUGAUCUAACUCCAUCCUCCAUCUGCAAGCGGUCUGCUGGUCCGAUCCUCUUCAGCCGGGGAAACGGGCCGCCGGUUCUGUUCUGAUCCACCGGAUCCGCUUUCCUCUGAGCGUGGACUCAUGGGACGGAGGCGUCUGACCUGACGGAGGGUCGGCGCCGAACCCGGAGCGUUCUGGAGGCUGAUCCAUCUGUCGCUCUCUUUCAUCGGACCCGUCCUUCGGUUCUGCUCGUUCUGGUGCCGGGAUGACUCUGGCCCCGCUGGCAGAUCCGUUCUGCUUCCUGAAUGAACAUCUUGUUGUUUUCUUUGUGUUUAUUGAAGCCAUGUUUGGGUUCACACCUGCAGUGCUGAGCUCAUGCUGCCACCUGGAGGCUGGAGGAUGAAACCCAUUCAGAACCAGUGGAACCGGUCCGCUGGUUCUGGACUGAGACUGAGGCGCGCGGUGAACACACCACCACCUUCACAGCUUCAUGUAAUUAUCGAUGGUGCAUGUUUUAUUUGGUUUGCAGGUCCAUGUUCGUGCUCUAACUUUGGGAACUCCACAUCCCAGAAGGCUUUGCAGGAUUGUGGGAGGAGCUGUGAGAGGAAGUAGCAGCUGUGAUGUGCCAGUGCUGUUGUUUGCGUGUGCGUCCGUUCCCAUCCUGUCCGGUUCCCAGCUUGUGUUUGCGGUUCCUCCGUCUGUGGCUCUUUGUGUUUCUGUGGCGGAUCUGAGGCGAUGGUUUCUGUUAAUGUGCCUGUUCUGCAUGUCCAGUCCGACCCGCCCGACCUCCAGAGACCCGAAGCGUCUCCAGUUUACAGUGGUGGGCACACUUAUGCUAACAUGCUAAUGCGCUAGCAGCAGAGCUAGUUUUUUGUUUGGUGCAGGUGUGUCCAAACGUGUUGUCAUGUGCGUCAGAAGCUAAGAACAUUGUUAAAAAAUAAAGCUGGGGUUUAUUGUUGGCUGAGUUUUGGUAGAGGAAAAACUCAAAAGGAUUUGAGCUAACAAUUGUUUAUUGUUAGCUCUGGAAACAGGAUAUGGAUUGUUUUCUUUCUAUGUUUUGAAAAGUUUACUAAGAUUACUUUUCACUAAAAGUCUCUGGAUAAAUAUGGUUCUACUUAUUAUAAAACACAUGAGUACUUUACAUUUUCCUUUGUAAUACUUAUAAUAUUAAUGUCAGUAAUAAUUUUACCCAAAUUAAAAUUAAAAGUUUCCCUCUGUAUGAACCACCGGUGCCGGAUGGGCCCCAUUUAUAUGAUUGUUGAAUUGAAUUCGUCACCCACAAAAAAUCUGUCCGCUUUGGACACACCGUACUUCAUUUGGUCCCCAAAGAUUUUCCUCUGGCCCCCAUGGAUCACAAUAAAAUCCCCCCAAAAACAAAACAAUAAAUCAACAGGGCACACACACCGUUCAACCAGACAUAAACCUAAACACACAUUUUGUUUCCAAACUCCACUGAAGUUUAUUUCACACUUCAGGUUGCAACAAAACAAACUACAAACCUUCUUUACCUUGAAACACUUUUGUGUAACUGUUUUUUGUUUUUUCAUUCAUUCAUACCGCUUCCCCGCGCCACCCCUAGGGGGCGCGCCCCGCACUUUGGGAACCACUGCCGUAGUUUAAGAUCUUGGCGUUUAUUCUAACUUUGAAAAUGUUUAGCACACUUAGCUUCACCUCAGUCGUUUUUUCUGGAUAACAGCAGACGAUUCGUUCAUGUUUUUUUCUCUUUCUGAUAACUUCAUUUAAAAUAAGAAACAUACAAUAACAGCAUUAAAUAAUAAAAACAUCAGUAUCCUAGGGCAUUACAGAAAAUGAAUUGUUUUUUUAUGUUAGCGCUUUUGCUUCUUUGCUAACUUUGAAAAUGUUUUACACACUAAUUUUCCCCUAAAUGUAUUAUUUUGGAUAAAGGCAUCAGACUCGUUUCUUAUCACGUUUUUUUCUCUUUCUGAAAACUUUGUUUAAAAUAAGAAACAUACAAAAGCAAAGCUAAACAUGGACACAACAGAACAAGAUACAAACAUAAAGACAAUAUUUAAGGGCAUUAUAGAACAUGUAAAUUGUGCUUUUUAUUCAAGUUAGCACGUUAGCAUUAGCUUCUGCUAAAUACUUUGUUGGCGUAGCAGCUUAGAAUUAGCAGAAGUAAUGAUAAUGAUUAGCGCUUUAGGGUUAGCGUAGCUAUCUGUUUAGCUAGCAGUGCCCACCACUGCCAGUGUGGAGAAAUGGAGAAGCUGAGUGAAUGUGGAGCAGAGGUCAUCAGGAUAACUGCUGGUCCAACGCCGGGUUCACAGCGCCAAGCUGCUUCGCUUCUGACUGGACUCCAACAUGGGAACGUCACCAACGGCUGGAGGACCGGCAGAACAGUUCUGAGCGGCCCGGUGGCGUUAGCUUAAUGCUCUCUAGCCUGGAUGCUGGCUAGAGAGCAUCAAGCAGCAGGUGACCAAUCAUGAUGUGAGGUAUGACAUCAUCUUUAGGGGUCGUCACAUCUCAGCCUGACCUUAGUAUCGCCCACUUUAGUCGAUCCAUGACGGGUUCAGAAGUUUUCACUUUCCUGUCUGGUCUGAAAGCUUGGCUCUUCUUCACCGCAGUUCUGGUGAAACGCAGGUUCUGGCACGUUUCACCAGAACCCGCCCGGACCAGGAGACCCGGGUUGGUUUGGUCUGAACCCGUCCGGACCAGGAGACCCGGGUUGGUUUGGUCUGAACCCGUCCGGACCAGGAGACCCGGGUUGGUUUGGUAACCAGCAGCUAGCCAGAAGACGACCGCCUGCUUCCUCAGCCAAUCCCUGAUCGUCUCCAAAGUGUUGCGGUUUUCUGGGAUGGAGAUGAUCGGUGAACGUUUCCCAGCGGUUUGAAAAUCAGAAAUGUUCUCUUUGUACUUUAGUUGUUUUCAGAUCCUGGUUGGUUAGGAAUCUGUCAGCUGGUUGUUAGCACUAAGCCAAACUGAUUUAAGGUUCUAUUGGAAGUUUUCCUUUAAGGAAGGUUUCCCGUCACAGCGACUCCCUCGGUGUGUUUCUGCAGAGGGAGCGUCCGUUUGUCCCACCGUCCCUGAAGAACCUGGUGAUUUCAUGGACUGCUGCUGUGGAGAUUGUCGAUGCAUGCCUGAUAUGUUCGAUGUUGAAACUGAAUCAGAAAAAAAGUUGAAAAUAAUGAAAUUGUCGAAGCACAUCUGAUUCCACACGUCUGCUCUGAAAUGUAACGUUCUUUUCUUUGGUUCCUGUUCUUCACUGUUGGUUCCUCCGAUACUUUCUGCAGAACUUGGAUUUUCCCGGAGAAGCUCUGGGAAACAGAGGAAGUUGAGUAUAUAUAUUUAAAAAGAAAGCAUGUAUGUUUUCUACUGUUUGUACCUGGUAUUUUCCUGUUGCCCUUGCUGCUUCUGUGCCAAUGUUGUGGGAGAGAUUUACAUUUGGCCACUCAUGCAACUAUUCUGUGGUGUUGUCUGAGAAUGUAUUAACAUGAAAUAAAAGCAUUUGUUAUUUUUUCUA